AUGUAUGAGGAUGGGCAGCUGUUGAAACUUUGGAACCAGGUUCCCGUUCUGAUGAAGGAAGAGAUGUCUGUUAAAGAAGAUAAGGCCAAGGAAUUCUUAAACAAUCUGAAACUUCGGAAACGCCAGCUUUGGGACAGAAAUCAGCCUGAAGUACAGCAGUGGUACCAGCACUUCCUCUGUUUGGGUUUUGAUGAAGCUAAAUUUGAAGAUUAUGUCUCCUACUGGUCAAACGUAGGCCGUGGUGGCCAUGAAUACGAUGGUGGCUAUUAUCAUCACCAUUAUGAUGAAGAUGCUCCUAUUGGCCCACGAAAUCCAGGCACCUUCAGACAUGGAGCAAAUGUCAAUUAUGAUGAUUAUUAUUAAGAUUAUUCUCUGUCUUAACUAUUAUUAUUAAUAACCGUUUCUUCUCUGCAUUUCUAUAUUCUUUCUUCUCUGUGUAAGGACACUAGAAUUUUUUUAAAAAUUGAUUUUAAUCUGGUUCUUAAUUUUAGCUGAGGAAUUGGGGGAAGAAACCAAGAAAAAUUGGUCUUGCAUAUAUUCCUUAACAUAUCUGCUUUAAAAUUAAAGCUUUUUAAAUACAAAAUUUUAAUUAUGCAUUCUUGUGAAAGACUUUCAUUAUGAAGACUAACUUUCUUUACUGAGACCAGUACGGCCAUUUUAUAUUAAUGUACAUCUUACAGCGAAUAAAAACAUAAAAAUGAACAAGUGUCAUACAAUAACUUCCUAUUACCCACCACAGGGCCAUGAUAUCACCAUACCAAUUCUGCAUUUUUCUCGAUCCACUCCCAUCUUAGCCCAAUCAUUGGGGAAGAGUCAGGGUUCAUGGUCUGAAGGUUUAAGGCUAAAAGGAUAAUGAGUUUCCAGAUCCCAGGGGGUCAAAAAUGGAAAGCCACUGUCUUGCUAGGGUUGACUUGAAGUCACUCCUUCCCCAUCCAGAACCUCCAGGCAUUGGGUCAGCAUCUGAACCUGUCCUGUCAUGGCUGGAGGUAUAUAAUUAUCCUUUGCAUAUUGAUGAAAUUCUACUGCUAACUGACGUCACCCAUGGGCUUUAUUCAAUGUUAAAUAGAAGCGAUGAGAAACCGAGUCUUGAGAUAAGUGUAGACUUUUCUUCCGCAAUCCUUUUACUAAUGACAGGAAGGAAAAACGCUGUAAAACAGUGACUCCCACUUUCAACCUUCAAAUCUAAUCCAGAAGGUUGAUGAUACGAAAGGUUGCCAAGUGAUCCAGAAGGGCCAGGGUGGAUGCAACAUCCCCAUCUUAAGCUUUUCCCAACAAAUGUGACCAAUCCCAUGUCAGUACUAUAAAAAACUGACUGAAAAAGAUAAUACACUUCAUCCAACACUCUCUAAUGCUAAACACCCACCAUUUUCUCAACAAUCUUCUCCCAAACACUGCCAUCUCCUGAGAAGCCUUAAUCAACUAGGGAAGGAGAAGUGCUCAGAUACAUGACAAGGUCAUAAAAACAAGGACCCUGUCUACUUUCGCAACAUCAACUGGCUCAAACUCUCCCAACUAACAAAGUGAGUCAUUUCCAAAGGACCUGCCCAACCAUGUUUACCUCAGUAAAGCCAAGUACCUUUGUUUGACAGAGGCUCUACAGGGGCUCUCCUGACUAUUCCUUACCAAGAAGGGGGACCAGUCACCCAGAAUAAAGCUGCUGGUUGUCUGUAUAUAGAUACAAUAAGGGCAAAGAAAUGAGCUCAUUUUGUCUUAAUAAAGACUCCUUACUGUGCCUAUUGGCUUGUAUUCCUCCAGCAGUGCUCUUGUGCCAUUACAUCUCCCGAAGACCCUUGACAAACUAUAAGGAUUCAGAGGAGCCACAAUCACAGAGGCCGCACAAUCACGCAGUGAUUCAAUCUUCUUAAAUGUCCAUUUCAGUUUGAAACUAAAGCCCUGGCUGAACCAUGCACUAACAUAAUCUUUGUCCUCAAGGAAAAAAUAUAGUCCGGUGGCCUUUUUGGGGGGUGGGGGGAGCACCUUUGAGACAACCAUGAUCUGGAUGACGGAGAAUCUCCAUAGUUAUACCUUCAGGAAUAACCUCAAGUUCCCUUUGAAACCCAUCAAUUUCCCAAGGCCACCCAAUUCAAUAGAUGCCUCUUCCCUGCAGUGGGGGCAGCUCAGAGAACUCCAGGGUCAAGAAGGAAUGGUUGUCCAUGACAAAAAAUUGAUGAUAACGUUCCUUAUUCUCAACCUCGGAUCAUGUUGCCACUACCCCAAGACCUAAUGAUCUAAUGGAUGACCUUCUCUGUGAAUUAUCACUUUUGCUCCUCUAAAAACACUGAAUUGUUUUCUCGUCACCAAAAGAGUUUCCUCCUUUGCUUUAUAGUAAGCAUUGUUGUAAAGACUUGGAGAUAUCACAAACAAUUCUCUCUCCACACUGUUGUGAUGCUGUGAACAGUGUAAACUGUCACUAUGGUAUUCCUUCAAGACAGCAGAAGUUGGCUGGCCAUCUACACUCCCAUGCAUUUCAAUUUUUUUGCAGUAUUAACACAUGAAAAACUUGUAAUAGGAUUAAGACAUUCCAAAUCAUUAAAGAAAACAGGAUGC